UACUCACUCACUCACGCUGCGUGUGCGUCAACGAGCGGUCUCUGCCGCUGCUCGGGACAAAAACCGCACGCAGCUGCUUUCGUUCUCCAGCGCUCGAGACCGCACGAUCAGGAGGGGAGCUCGCGCCUCUUCGCUGCAGGAAUAUCACCUCUGAUGGACUUGAUGUAGGACAAGAAUGCACACACGAUUUUGUCUUCUGAUUAUGACCCCGUAGGUAAUAGUUGCAAGUGCCGUUCUCGUGGAAAACAAACUUGUAAAUCCCACCCGUCCCUCGCCGCCGCUGGUUUUUUUUUAAUGUGUUUUAUGUGUUUGCGCUCAACAGUGAGGUAGACUUAUGCGGGCACAUUUUACAGGAGCGUCGGCGUGUGACUUAUCCCGUGAAUGCGGCUGUCGGGGUCGGUGUCUGAGCCCUGCAGGACCAGCCUGUCAUAGGGCACCAUGAUGUCUCUGGUUGCUCACAAGUGGAUGAGGAAUAUUUCUCCGGAGAUGCUGCUGUUGAUGCUGAUAUUGUGGUUUUUACCUCUGACUGGAGCGGCUCCCUCUCUGACUACCGAGCAGCUGGACACGGGGGUGGACUGGCUGAGUAAGUUUGGCUACCUCCCGCCCCCUGACCCAGUGACUGGUCAGCUUCAGACCAAGGAGGCCCUGACCAAGGCUAUCAAAGCCAUGCAGAAGUUUGGAGGGCUGAAGGAGACCGGAGUCUUUGACCAAGCCACGCUGGGCCUAAUGAAAACACCCAGAUGUUCUCUGCCAGAUGUGUCUGAGGCAGAGGUGACAAUGGGCCGCAGGAAACGAGGCCUGACUCCUCAGAACAAAUGGAAUAAGAGACAUCUAUCCUGGAGAGUGAGGACCUUCCCCAAGGAUUCAGCCUUACUGGGCAGGGACACUGUUCGAGCCCUGAUGUACUACGCCUUGAAGGUCUGGAGUGACAUCGCACCACUUAACUUCCAUGAAGUGGCAGGAAGUGAUGCAGACAUUCAAAUCGACUUCACUAAGGCUGACCACAAUGAUGGAUAUCCCUUUGAUGGGCCAGGGGGAACUGUGGCGCACGCAUUUUUCCCCGGAGAGAGGUUCACAGCUGGGGAUACGCACUUUGAUGAUGACGAGGCAUGGACUUUCAGAUCUCCAGACUCUCAUGGGAUGGAUCUGUUUGCGGUCGCUGUCCAUGAGUUUGGUCAUGCCAUCGGCCUGGUCCACACAUCAGCCAUCGAGUCCAUCAUGAGACCGUACUACCAGGGUCCUGUAGGAGACCCUUUGAAAUACGACCUACCCUAUGAAGACAAGGUCCGCGUCUGGCAGCUCUACGGAGUCAGAGACUCAGUGUCCCACACAAACCGACCAGGCAACCCCUCCCAGACGGCUGAACCUCCUGUCCUGCUGGACCUUCCUGAAAACAGAUCCACUGUUAUGCUGGCGCGAGAUGCCCCCGACAGAUGCACCAGUCACUUUGAUGCAGUGGCCCAGAUACGAGGGGAGGCCUUCUUUUUCAAAGGAAAGUACUUCUGGCGACUAACAAGAGAGAAGCACCUGGUGUCUCUGCGUCCCGCUCAGAUCCAUCGCUUCUGGAGGGGCCUUCCAAUAAAUCUGGACAGUGUGGAUGCUGUGUAUGAGAGGCCUGGGGACCACAAAAUAGUCUUUUUCAAAGGUCUAAAGUACUGGGUAUUUAAGGACAAUAUUGUGGAGGAGGGUUACCCUCGUUCUAUCAGUGACUUCGGCCUACCCUCGGAGGGCGUUGAUGCUGCCUUUGUUUGGCUACACAACGACAAAACCUACUUCUUCAAGGACAACCACUACUGGCGCUACGAUGACCACCUCAGACGUAUGGACCUGGGCUACCCUAAAGACAGCACGCUUUGGAAGGGGCUGCCGUCACAACUGGAUGACGCCAUGAGAUGGUCUGAUGGCUCGUCCUAUUUCUUCAAGGGGAAGGAGUACUGGCGAGUGCCUAGCAGCGACAUGGAGGUGGAGGCGGGUUACCCCCGCCUCAUCGCUAAAGACUGGCUGCUUUGCACCGAGAUGCAGUCGGACUCUCCGGACACAGAGCCCAAAAGCACAGAGACGAGAGGCAACGUGCACCAUCACCCGGACCACGCAGAGAAUGGAUACGAGGUGUGCUCCUGCACCUCUGACACUGCCUCGCCUUUAGGCGCCCGCCCCUCCCCAUCACCCCUGUGGCUUCUGCCACCUCUCUGGACGCUCUCGCUGGCCCUCUGCUCUGAACUGCUAUGAUGCCAAAGCAGGGGACAGAGUUCCUGAGCUGAUUGUUGGAGGGCCAGUGGACAGUUAUUGGAAGAACUGGAAAAUGUUGUUUUUAUUAUAUCAUUUGGUAUUCUUUUUUUCCUGCUAAUUUUGCUGUUAUUUAUUUUACAUGUCAUUUGGUGGGCAUUGCCAGCUAAAAUAAUCAUCCUUAUAGGCAACAAUCCACUCACAAUGCUUUACAACAUUUUUCACUGAAUGGUCAAACUGCCUCAUCUCUACAAGGAAAAGGUUAUUGAACAGAAAAUGUAUUCCAAGAGCACCGACAGUGAUUAUUUGUCUGUGUGUGCAGCAGGUUUACAGCAACAAAGCCUUGCAUACAAACCAGUUUAAGGCAUUCUGGGAUGUAGGCAGGUGCAAAGGCGAACACCACGUCAUCACAUACUGUUGCAUAUUUUAUGAAUUUACAGCAGAUGCUUUAUUACAGGGUAGGUCACCAAAAUUAGUUAAAAAUGACCAAAAAGCAUAUUUUCAACUCUCUCACUCGCUCUCUCUCUCUCUCUCUCUCUCUCUCUCUCUCUCUCUCUCUCUCUCUCUCUCUUUCUCUCUCUCUCUCUUACCUCUAGCUGUAUCCAGCCACUAGAUGGUUCAGUUUUUGUUUCUGUACAGUUCCUGCCUCCACCCUAGUACAAUGGAGAUGAAAGGAGUUUUGUUUGUGCUGCUCAACACACUGGAAAAUGACAUUUGAAAGACUCAACAGUAGCGUGUCUUUGCAAAAAAACAUUGUCAGUGUUACUCUGGAUAAUCCUCAGACCUCAUAGGGAUUAUUUCCUUUGUUAAAAAGUAGUUCCAGAGAAAACUGUUUACAACAAUGUCCAUAGAUUAUCCAGAGUAACACGGGACACUGUUUCUGAAAAGACAUACUGCUAUUGAAUUUGAAAAGAUUUAAAGUUUUAAAAGUAUUUUUUCAUUGCUGUGUGCACGACUAGCACUUUCCAUUCACCUCCAUUGUAUUGGGUGUCUCAGAAAUUAUCUGCAUGGCUGGAUAGCACCAGAGGUAAUUGAGGAUAUAUAUAUAUAUAUAUAUAUAUAUAUAUAUAUAUAUAUAUAAGUUUAGGUCGGAACUAGCUUGACUCGUGAUCAGCAUGAAUGUUUUGGCUCCUGCUCUUGCAGGCAGUGUGCAAACUUCUUGCUGUGAGAGUGUAAAGGUGGAUGGAUGAGUAGGUGGGUGGACCAGUUUUCCUGCUUAAAUCCCUCAACUGUACUCUGAAGUUAGGAACUGCUGCUCCUGUACGUAUUUCAAUGGGUUCAUCAUUUAAACCUCCAGUCCGGAAGCAUUCCCUGCUCUUGGUUUAGUUGUAUCUUUUGUAUCCAAUUCAGAUGAAAUGAUAUACCCGUUUAUUUUACAUUGUUUUGAUCAGGUCAUAGAAUUUAUAGAGCCUUUUUGUGACUGUUGGAUAGAUUUCCUUCAUCACCCCGAAAUCCUUCUGAAGACAAGAGUCACAACUCGGCCCCUGGAUUUAUUCUUGCUGUAAAGAUAUAUUUACCUAUAGACUGAUAUAUUUGAGUUGAAAGGUUCUGCAGUUAUUGCAUAACUGAGUGGACUGUGUAUAUUUUAAGCUGUGUUUUCUAAUGUAAAAUAUUUUUCUAGAAAAAUAAAGGAAUCUGAACGAC